AUGCAGCGUUUUACUUCAAGGGGGAUCCCCUGUGGGCAGGAUGAGAAGGCUGCCCAGUGCCCCACUCCCCCAUCCUACGUACCACGCUUAUUCUCCGGCAACACUGACAACAUGGAUUUCCUAGGGAGGGUUAAGAACAUGCUCAUGUACAGUCUGGAGACCUACCUGUGUACGGUAAUGUUUGCCAGCUUUGACGAGCUGACCAGUAGGUACCUAGAGAAGGACAUGACGUACAGGGAACUGCUGAGUCACGGUGCGAUCUGGCUGCUGAGGUAUGACUACUCCUUUGAGUAUCCCAAAUCCAGGAUGCCCAACAUGGUCAACAUUGGAGGCAUCAACUGUGGUAAAAGAGCUCCACUUCCAGCGGACCUGCAGGAGUUUGUGGAUGAGUCAGGAGAGGAUGGCUUCGUGGUCUUCACCCUGGGCUCUAUGAUCUCUCAGAUGCCUGAGGAAAAAGCCAAGCAGUUCUUUGAUGCCUUCAGCAGGAUCCCUCAGAGGGUGGUGUGGAGGUACACAGGAGUGGUGCCUGAGAACGCUCCAGACAACGUCAGAUUGAUGAAGUGGCUUCCUCAGAAUGAUCUGCUGGGCCACCCCAAGGUCAAGGCCUUCAUUACCCACGGAGGAACCCACGGUAUCUACGAGGGGAUCUGUAACAGUGUUCCCAUGGUGAUGCUUCCGUUGUUCGGUGACCAGAGUGACAACGUACACCGCAUGGCGGUGAGGGGUGUCGGGGAGGUGCUCAAUUUGUUCGAUAUCACCUCAGACAAACUGGUGGAGGCCCUCAACAAGGUCAUCAACGACAAGAGUUACAAGGAGAAGAUGAUGAAGCUGUCAGCGGUGCAUAAGGACCGUCCCAUCGAGCCCCUGGACCUGGCCGUGUUCUGGUCAGAGUUUGUGAUGCGUCACGGCGGAGCGGAACACCUGAGACCCGCCGCUCACGACCUCAACUGGAUCCAGUACCACAGUCUGGACGUGUUCACUCUGCUACUCACUAUAGUUCUCAUUGUUGUCAUGGUCACCGUUAAAUGCUGCAAAGUCUGCUUCCGCAAGUGUUGUGGAACGAAGAAGACUAUGAAGAAGAAGAAGAGUGAGUGAAUGUCCUUUCUGUGGCCUAGGCCACCAUUCAAUCCAAGGCUCGUUGUAGAGCGCUGUUGACAAUAAUGUGCCUUUAAAAGGCAAUGUUCCUGUGUUUGCUGAGAUCACAUUCACAGUAAACGCUGCAGAUGUUGGCUCAAUCAUAAAGUACCUUAAAAUGUCAAGCGCGCUACAAUGCGCUACAGAUUGAAUCCCAGCCCAAGCAAUCAGGCCCUAGAGUUCAGAGUAACUAUACUGCCUACUCUAGGUCCUGUGUAUAACAGGGAGUGAAUAGGCUACUGUAGGUUGAAGGAAAGAAACGCCUGACAGAGAUUUGCCAUUUUUAUGUUUGUUUGAUAUCUCAGGAUAAUGCCAGAGUAACUUCAUGUAUCUGUUGUCAAUAAGGCCUGAUGCCUGCCACCAGCAAGACAGUCCCAUUCCAUCACAGGAGGUUGGUGGCACCUUAACUGCUGGUAAUGGCUGGAGCGGAACGGUAUCAAAUACAUCAAACACGUGGUUUCCAUGUGUUUGAUGCCAUUUCAUUUGUUUCAUUACAGCCAUUAUUAUAAGCCGUCCUCCCCUCAGCAGCCUCCUAAGUAUUCCACAGUCAGCCACUGUGCCUUGUAAAAAGCAUGAGCUGAUGCACACCCACAUUGUUUUGUAGAGGUGCUAACCAACAAAGAUUAAACUGUAUAAAAAUCAAGUUGAGUUGCCGAAACGUUGGUUACAGAGUUGCCGAAACGUUGGUUAUUUGGUUUACUUAAUCAAUUGUUUGGAGUAUAUAUAUAUAUAUAUAUAUAUAUAGAGUGUACAACUUUCUUUCUUUUCAUACAAUUUAGUAUCUUGGUAACACAACCAAUAUAUGUCAUGCUGGUAUAAAGGAUUUUGGAGACAGGCACAGUAAUACACAAUAGGGUUUUUUGAUACACCCAAAACAAACACGUAUACAAAAACACUGGGCUGUACCCAAACAAAAGAGCGAGGGUAAACCUUGUUGAACGCUACAGGACGAUACCCGUAAUACACAAUAUAUAAAGCACACAGCAUAGCAGCUGCACCAACGUACUCACACUACCAAUGGACAUGGGAACAAUAACCGACAGCCCAAUGGAAACCAAAGGGCACACUUAUACAAGUACUAAUCAGUGGGAAUAGGGGACAGGUGUGUGUAAUGAAUGUUCCGGAGGGAUCCGUGACAAUAUAGUGGCAAGAGAGAAUUUCUCUUUGUCUUUGAAAGGCAUUUUGACAGUAAAAAGCUAUGGCAGGUGUGUCAUUUUGCCUGCGCCUCAUUCGGUCUUCAUCAAGGUCCAGAGAGCACCACUGACAUUUUUUAAAUAUUUCCUCGCCGUCAAAAUUUGCUAAAUGUAGUCCUUUAUCCAUCGUUUUUGGAAUUUCCAAUGCUCCCUGACUGUCUAGCGUUCAUUUCAGUAAUUGUUUUUUGUUGUAUAGUACUUUUUCACUGUUUGUAAUGUUUCAAGUGAAAAAAACAUUGUGAAAAUCUACAAAUAAAUUGUAAUACAAAGUUG